GCUGGCCAGUGAACUCCCUCUUCCUCUCCCACUCACCCUCUUUUCCUUUUCACCACUGCGGGGACUUCUUGUAAUUUGCAGUUUUCCUUUUCCUGACGUACACAUGGUAGAUACAAGCUGGUGGCUUGCAGACUGCGUCUGUCUGGAGAUAGGCAGCGAGCCGAUGGAUAACAGCACUCCAGGAGAAUGAUUAUGCAGCGGUUAUUUAAGGAUAGGCUUUUGUGGUAUGGCAGCAUAUGAACUGAUUCUCCAGCAUAUAUAUAGUCUUGGACGUGACGCACUGAUUGGAAUCUGCUUGUUCUCAGGAACCUAGAGUUUUCCUUGUUUAACAACCAGACGCAGCAUCCUAUCAUCUGCUUAAUCAGGGCAAGCAGUGAAGGAGAGGAAACAUGGCGGAGGAGAGAAAAGAUGAAGCCAAGGCACCGCACUGGACUUCGAGUCAGCUCACAGAGGCUGCUUCACACCCACACUCACCUGAACUUAAGGACCAAGGUGGCGCGGGUGCCGGCCUGGUCAGAAGUGCCAAUGGAUUUCCCUAUCGUGAGGACGAGGAGCCAGGGCUGGGCGGACGGGAGCAGCAGGGCGCAUACUCUCAAACCAAAGAGAACGGCAUCAACGGGGAGCUGUCGACGGGGGACAGGGAGACUGCAGAAGAAGUGUCUGCAAGGAUAGUGCAAGUAGUAACAGCUGAAGCUGUAGCAGUCCUGAAAGGCGAACAGGAAAAAGAAGCCCAGCACAAAGAUCAGCCUGGACCACUACCUUUAGCAGUUGAAGAGUCAGCCAACCUGCCUCCUUCCCCGCCUCCAUCGCCAGCUGCAGAACAGACGGGAACUCUGGAGGAAGAAGAAGAAGCAGUAGAGAGUCCGAUGGCCGUGGAAGCAAAACCUGCUGCUCUUCCUGGGAAGCAACUGGGGAGAGAGCACGGGCUUGUUGAGCCUGCAGACCAGGCAAAGGGCCUCAGCGAGGGUCAGCCGGAUUCUGGUUUGGAGGCCAAAGUGUGUUGCGAAGACAAAGUGCCAAGUGUGGCAUCCAGCAGGGAGAGCGUAACAGUUGUGGUGGAAACGCCCCCAAAAGACACAUCUCCUUCCUUGGCUGAGGAAGAUUUACUUACAGCCACGAAGAUGGAAAACCGUGUCCAGGAGGGCGCGCGCCCUUUCACAGCAGAACCAUUAGACACAAAGGAACAUGAAGUUUGGAAAGAGAGUAAGACUGGUGAGCAACCUAAACAUGAUGCCUUAGUUCCACAGCCAGCAAAAACAGAGGCUAUAGAUAAAAAGGAUUCACAGAGCAAGGACAAAAUGCCUUCACCUCUAUCAGAACAGAUUUUGGAAACCGAUUCACAAAAGAAAGGGGAAGCCACUUUUGCAGAACCUGCUGCCAAGCCUCCUGUUUCUCAAGAACAGAAAGAUUUGUCAUCUGAACUGCCUAAAGGGGGCAAACCAGAAGAAGGAACUGCAGAUGUGCCCUCGCCAUCCAGCCACGUAAUCUCUUUGAAAUUUAAAGAUGACCUUAAAGAUGUGCAGGAGCUUGCCAUCACCCAUGGCGGAAGCUCUCUGUUGCCAUCAGAACCCAAGGCAGAUGCAGCCAAAAGUGAACUUCCUUCAGGCCCAUCUCCCUCUGUCCUGCAGAGGCUUCCACCCGAGGACAGUUCCAAAGCGAAACAGGAACCCACUGACCAACUGUUUGCCAAAGAUCUCACUAAAGAUGAGCAGAUCCACAGAGACAAGUCACCAACUCUGCAAGGAGAAGUCUCAGCAGUAGCUGUAGACGGCCUGAAACCGCCAAGCACACAGAAGAUCCCUGCUUGGGGGGAGGAAAAGGACAUGACCAAGGAUGAGAGUGAUGAGGAGGAAAGGUAUGACUUCUAUGAUAAAGGGGAGGCUCGAAUAUUAGACGAUGGUAAAUUUACGACAAAACCUGAAGAGAAGACACUUUCUCUGGACAAAGUAGACUUUCAAAAGGAUGGUGAAGCAAAAAAGUUACCUGAUAUUUUCAAUGCAGAACAAGACGUGGACCAAAGAGGGCUCCCAGCAACAACAGACACAAAAAAGGAGGUGCAGCCAACCACAGAGGUGCCCGUAGGCAAGUUAAGCCAAGAACCGAUCCUUGAGAAAACAGAGCACCUUGAUACCACUCAGCUCUCCAGAACAGUGGAGAAGGCCCCUGAGGCACCAAGCUUAACCAGUGACGAGACUGGUACUCUAGAACCUCCUCAAGGAAAAGAUGUUAAAAAAGAUACCAAGGAGGAUAAGAUAAAUGUUUUGGAUUCAGCUGCUCAUGACUUGACAGUAGAAGAGGAUCGAUCAGGAAUGUCAAAGUAUUUUGAAACCUCUGCUCUGAAAGAGGAAGCAACCAAAGGAGACGUUCUGAAACAAGGCAGUGAUUACUAUGAGCUAAGUGACACUAAAGAGAGUGCAUAUGAGCCUUAUCGGACAGAUCAUCUAAUCCUUGAAAACAAAGAGGAGGAGGAGGAGGAAGAAGAAUUACAGGCAGAAGUGGAUCAGCAGCAGAGUGUGCCUGCUCAGGAAAUAGGGUACAGUGCCCUUGCUCAGAGCUUUCCGCCAGACAAGUCUGAGGAACCAAGUUCCCCAACAGAAAGAAUGUUCACUAUUGACCCCAAGGUCUAUGGGGAUAAGAGAGAGCUCCACAGUAAAAAUAAAGAUGACCUAACUCUGAGCAGGAGCUUGGGACUUGGCGGUAGAUCUGCAAUUGAACAGAGAAGUAUGUCUAUUAACCUGCCCAUGUCCUGCCUGGAUUCAAUAGCUCUAGGAUUUAGCUUUGGCCGUGCACAUGAUCUCUCUCCCCUUGCUUCAGAUAUUCUAACUAACACUAGCGGAAGCAUGGAUGAAGGUGACGACUACUUGCCAGCAACCACACCAGCGCUGGAGAAGGCCCCCUGCUUCCCCAUUGAUAGCAGAGAUGAAGAUGAGCACGUUGAAGCGGAGAAAGCAAUGCCUGAAGAAAACGUCCAGCCUGAGACCUUGGUUGAGUCACCUUUCCCAGCCAAAGACUAUUACAAAAAUGGUGCUGUAAUGGCUCCUGAUCUCCCUGAAAUGUUAGACUUAGCAGGGACAAGAUCUCGAUUAGCCUCUGUGAGUGCAGAUGCUGAGGCGACGCAAAAGAAGUCAGUUCCUUCUGACACUGUUGUGGAAGACAGCAGCACAGCCCUGCCACCUGUGACAGAUGAAAAUCACAUAACUCUAAAAGCGGAAAGUCAGCUAGAAGACUUGGGUUACUGUGUUUUCAAUAAGUACACAGUCCCACUUCCUUCUCCAGUUCAAGACAGUGAGAAUUUAACAGGUGAAACCUGUCCAUUUUAUGAAGGCACAGAUGAAAAACUGAGACGUGGCCUAGCUCCCGACCUGUCUUUAAUAGAAGUGAAGCUGGCAGCCGCUGAAAAAUCAAAAGACGAAUUCCUAAGUGAAAAAGAUUUAGGUCAGCAUGCUACUGGUGAAUCUUUUCUGGUGAGGGACUUUGAGCAGUCAGAGAAAAAAGAGAAGUUGGAUACAGUGCUGGAAAAAAGCGAAGAUCAAGUUGACUCUAAAGAGAUCUAUCCCAUUAAAGGUACAGAGCCAGAGAAGACAAGACCUGAGGCAAUCUUAGAAGUGAAAGAAGAAGGUGUGGUUGAUAAAGUUCAUGUAACUGAUGGUACUACAUAUGACAGAAUAUUAGCUACAGAGGUAAUAAAAGAAGAAGAUGCUGUUUCUUUGUUGAUUGAGAAGGAGGAAAAGACUCUUAGUGUUGUUCCCGAAACGGUUGAGAUAGAAACUCCAAUAAAACCAGAUUAUAAUGCUAUAAAGCAUGAUUUGGAAGUGGCUGCAAGGAGAGCUGACCAAGAAUAUCAGAGUCAAUUGGAUACUAAGAUCCGUGAGGUCGUUUCUCCCCCUUCAGGGCAAGACAAAGCCUCCGUUAAAAGAGCAGAGCCCGAACCUCAAGAAACUCAGCAGAAAGAUCAGACCGUUUCGUCCAGAGAAGCAAAGGAUGCAGAUGUACUUUCCAAGACUGAGCCUACUCAUGUGAAGGACAGCACCAAAUUGACCGAAACAGAAAUUAAGGAAAAAGUACCUAAGCCCGAUCUGGUACAUCAAGAGGCAGUUGAUAAAGAGGAAUCAUAUGAAUCUAGUGGAGAGCACGAUCAAGCCCAAGAAGGUUUGAAUGGAGAAUCCCUGAAACCAGAGGAUAUCAAAGGAGAACUUCUGAAACCUCCUGUGUCAGGGGAAGAUACUCCUGCAGAGUUGCCAGCAAAGGAACCUUCUGUGGAGCUCCCCCUUCCAAAAGCUGAGCCUCUGCAAGAAGAAGCUGCUGAUGUUCAGAUGGAGAGCAUACCACAACCUGCAGAGGGAAUUGAAAAAAUUCCAGAUGCAGCUGUGAAACACAUGGAAAUCCAAAAGCUGCCACCAUGUGAAGUGACAGCUGAGGCCACAAAAAGUGAAGAGCAUGAGGAAGAAGAGGUAGAAGGAGGGCAAGAAGAAAAAGAAGAGGGUAAACAGCAACUUAUAUCAGAAGUGUCCCCAGAAGUAGACUUAGGGAAGCCCACCAGUGAAGAAAUGCCGGCCAAGGUUAGCCCAGAAGCACUGCUUGAACUGAAAGGCGUUAUUGAAUCUGUGGUGACAGUAGAGGAUGACUUUAUCACAGUGGUGCAGACAACAGUCGAUGAGGGUGAAUCAGCUUCUCACAGUGUGCGCUUUGCUGCUACUCAGGAAGACAUGGAGACAGGGGACUCCCAGGCUGAAGAGGAACUGGAAGUAGAAGAAGUGGCUGACAUCCGUGCUGAGCCCAAGGAGGGCUCCCCAGAAGCUCCUGCUACACCUGAGAGAGAAGAAAUCCUGCUCACAGACUACAGGACAGAGACGUGUGAUGAUUACAGAGAUGAAACAACUAUCGAUGACUCCAUCAUGGACACAGACAGUCUCUGGGCGGAUACUCAAGAUGAUGAUAGGAGCAUCAUGACUGAACAGUUAGAGACUGUUCCUAAAGAGGAGAAGGCAGAGAGAGAAUUGCGAAGAUCAUCUCUCGAUAAGCAUAAAAAAGAGAAACCUUUUAAAACUGGGAGAGGCAGGAUUUCUACUCCUGAAAGGAAAAUAGCUAAAAAGGAACCUAGCACACUCUCCAGAGAUGAAGUGAGAAGGAAAAAAGCAGUGUAUAAGAAAGCUGAACUUGCUAAAAAAACUGAAGUUCAGGCCCACUCUCCCUCCAGGAAAAUCAUUUUAAAACCUGCUAUCAAAUAUACUAGACCAACUCAUCUCUCCUGUGUUAAACGGAAGCAGACAGCAGCAGGCGGUGAAACAAACCAGGCUCCUGGUGUACUUAAACAAGCAAAGGAAAAACUCUCAGAUGGAGUAAGCAAGAGUCCAGAAAAGCGUUCCUCUCUACCAAGACCUUCCUCUAUCCUUCCUCCUCGAAGAGGUGUCUCAGGAGACCGAGACCGAGAGGAGAAUUCCCUCUCCCUCACAACUUCCCUUUCCUCUUCAGUACGACGGACUACUCGAUCAGAGCCAAUUCGUAGCAGAACAGGAAAAAGUGGAACUUCUACCCCCACCACUCCUGGUUCUACUGCCAUCACUCCAGGGACCCCACCUAGCUACUCCUCCCGUACCCCAGGCACUCCAGGGACCCCCAGCUAUUCCAGAACCCCGCACACUCCUGGGACCCCCAAAUCUGCCAUACUGGUACCCACUGAGAAAAAAGUUGCCAUCAUUCGCACUCCUCCCAAAUCUCCAGCCACUCCGAAGCAGCUACGGGUUAUUAAUCAGCCUCUACCUGACCUCAAGAACGUCAGGUCUAAAAUCGGUUCAACAGAUAACAUCAAAUACCAGCCUAAAGGAGGGCAGGUACAAAUCGUAACCAAGAAGAUAGACUUGAGUCAUGUGACUUCCAAAUGUGGCUCCCUCAAGAACAUCCACCACAAGCCAGGUGGUGGACGUGUGAAAAUUGAAAGUGUGAAACUGGAUUUCAAAGAAAAAGCUCAGGCUAAAGUUGGUUCACUCGAAAAUGCCCACCACGUACCUGGCGGUGGUAAUGUCAAGAUUGACAGCCAGAAGCUAAACUUCAGAGAGCAUGCUAAAGCCCGUGUCGACCAUGGGGCUGAGAUCAUCACGCAGUCACCAGGCAGGUCCAGCGUGGCUUCGCCACGCAGGCUCAGCAACGUCUCGUCCUCCGGAAGCAUCAACCUGCUUGAGUCACCCCAGCUUGCUACCCUUGCUGAAGAUGUCACGGCAGCCCUCGCUAAACAGGGCUUAUGAAUUUGCUCCAUUUUGCGUUGUAUGAAGUAAUAAUAUUUAGGCAUGAGCUCUUGGCAGGAAUGGGCUCAGAACAGGUGUUGCAUUCAUUCUUUACCAUGUCUAAAACUAAGUCAUAUCCCGAGACUUGUAGUUACCAUAUAAUAAAAAAACAGAAAAAAAUAAUUAAAUAGAUGCAGAAAUUGGCCUGAUCUCCAUUUACAACAGGAAGACACUGGCUUUAUAUGGGUAUACAACUGCAGUAUGUUACAUUGGAGAAUUAUUGUUGCUCUGCUCUGUCUUGCAUGGAGUACCGUACUAUGAUAAAAUGCAUUUUUACCUUUUAUGUGCCUGAAGGCCAUCCACCUCUUUCUGAAGAGCCUCGUUAAUAUCCCAAGUUGCUCAUUUCACUGUUGAUAGAUGGAGAAAUAAAAAAUAAAAAAGUUGCCCAUUGUAAGUUAUUACAGGUUAAAUUAAGAGUCUGCUUACCAGAAGGACGGGCAUGUAGAGAAAUUCAAGUUUAGUUAAAAAAAAAAAAAAAAGAAAGUGUUAUUUUGUAUAAAUGACUAGAACAAAAGUUGAAUUAAGUUAUUAACAUUUUUUUUGGACCUGGGUAAUUAUGUCAGUGUAUAGCUGAAAAGCCAAUAAAUUAUUUAACUAAUAACUAAAAAUAGUAGUUGAAAAACAUUUGAACCAUGCUUGGGGAAGUGACGUAAAAAAAGCUAUGGACAGGAAGCACUUCCAUCCCAAUGGACUUGUGUCUGAUUAGAAUGUUGGUUAAGCGGCUAGAUUUGUGUACGCACUACUGGUUUCACAUCCUUUCCGUCUGUUUGAUACAGUAUUAUAGAUAUAUAUAUAUAUAUUUCUCUGUGGCCAUUUGUGAUACGCCCUCCUCAUAUACUUGAAUAUUCCACUUUAUUCACAGUAUCUGUGUCUCUUGCACCCUUUGGUGUUGCAAUUUUAGGUAUGUAAAAGUAGAUGUUAGCAGGGUUUUUUUCCCUAUUCAUAAAAAUACAUUUAAAAAAGACAAAACCUUUUAGCAUGAAGUUGCUUUCUGUAACAACUAAAAGCCGUGACCCUGUUUUAGUGCCAGAUGCAAGUCUCUUCUGUGAUGCUAGAAAAAAGAUUCCUUCCCUCCUCCCCUCCUUCCCUUUCUUCACCAAGACUGAUUUUUGUGCGGUCCAGAAGUUUGUAAGAGGGUCUCCAAAGAUGGUUGGGUUUGGAUUCUGGAUUUUUUUAAAAAUCCAAAAUAGUUUGGUUUGGGCUUUUUUUUUUUUUUUUUAAACUCCUGUAGUAACAGUGAAUGUUAGAUUUAUUUAUUUAUUUUUUCUUUUGCUAAAGUUGAAACACAGAAAAAAGUAUUAUGGUGUUGUUUCCACUCCUUCAGUGAUGUCUUGUAUAAACACUCGGGCACUCAGAUAACAAUGAUAAACAUAACGGAGAUGCCUGUCAAUUGUAGUACAUGAAUAAAUAAAAUAAGCUCCUUAGACUAGGUUGCUAUGGUGAUUAAUCAAUAAAUAGGGCAUCCUAAAACCUGAACAAAGAAGAAGUGGGAUUAUAUUGACUAUAAAAAGUAUGAGAAGAAGUGUGCCUAAAAGGUAAAGAGCAGAGAUAUAUAAAGAUCAGAUCAAAUGGAGUUACUUGUGAGAACUCCAACACUAUCUUAUGGACACUAAGAGAACACCGAAGGUAAUAUGGUAGUAUUACUCAUCAGCAGCUAGUAGUCUGCUGAUAUUAUGUACAGUAGACAUUAUGAAAUGACCAGUUUACAUUCUUGCAGAUUGUUUUAUCUUUUCCUUUUGAAAUCUCUAAACUUUGCACUGUCGGUUGAGCUAUAUGUACUUGAUACAUGUAUUAGGUUAACAUUGUGUGUUGGAAGCUUUUGAUCUGUUCUUUUUACUUAAUUUGUAUGUGUGCGUGUGUAUGUUGGGGUUUGAUCUGAAAAGACACACAGAGAACAUUUUUAUGUCUGUGGAGAAGGAUUAUUGUAAUUAAUAGCACAGAAUUCCACAUAAUCAAAUUCAG